GUUGGUUUAAAAUCACACAAAGGAAAGGCAAAAAUCUAUAGCCUGUUUUGAAACAGGUUGUCCUGCUGGAUCUGCAGGCAUUUCCAGAUGACUAGAAAACUGGAUAGAUCAUUGCUUCCUCCCGUUUCCCGCAUCGGGGGCAGAUCCACCUUGUGGAGGUGGGGCGGCUUUAAGGGACAGCCUGGUCUUUGGAUGCUCCGCUCUCUCAAAACCUCAAUGUAUUACAUAUUGGAGGCAAAAGACUACCAUACUAGAGCCGUUCAUUCUAUUUCUUAAAGGUGGAAUGCAAGUAUGGAUGAUCUUCACCGGCGGCUUUGCGCUUCUCUGCCAUUUCUUCUCGUUCUUUGUCCGUGGCUUGCUGGUCUGCUGCGCCUUGUGCCCGUCUCUUGUGCUGUUGGUCCGAGCCAGACUGGUCAGCAGAAGACUGGAUGUUGGCAGCUUCUUGUUUGCUCAUCGGCUUGUUUUCGUCGAGUUCACGUUGAAUCUGAAAUUGUGUCCUUUCAGUGUCAGCUGCCCCAAUACCUCCUUUCAUCACCAGACUCAGCAGAUGCACGCAAAAAGGGAAAAAGUUUCUUGUUUACCUUGCUGUUGAUGUUGGCGUCGCUGGACAUAUUCUUUAGUAAUAGGUCUUGUGGAGCUUUGCGAAUAACAGAUACAAAGGAGGGUGGGACCCUGGUACUUAUAUUUUAUUAUUAAAGAGAAUAGAAAACCCCUAAAUUACCUCACCGUUACUGACGAAAC